AUGGUACAGCAGAGGGGCCACUUGGGUAACUCCUUCCGAUCACUGACUAUAGCUAUGGGCAUCUCCAUGGCCGGACUGCUCUACGGUCUCGAUAGUGGCAUAAUUGCGUCUACCAUGGCCCAUGAAACAUUCACGGAAUACUUUCUCAAAAACUCCCCGGACAGCUCUGUUGCUCAAGGGGGCAUUGUCUGCAGCUAUUACGCGGGAUCCUGCCUUGGAAGCGCCAUGGCUUCCUGGUCCAUGGAUGCCUUAUCCCGUCGCUGGUCAAUCCUUCUCGGCUCUGUUGUUUCCAUAGUUGGCGCUAUCAUACAGGCUGUCUCUCAAAACAUACCCAUGAUGGUUGUGGGUCGUCUCUGUUCAGGCUUCUCGACGGGAAUGGUAUAUUCCGUGGCUCCCGUAUAUCUCUCGGAGCUUGCACCGCCCGAGAACAGAGGCUUUCUAGUCGGGUUGAAAGGUUUGAUGAACACAGUUGGCUACUUUCUGGCUGGCUGGAUUGGCUACGCCGGUGCAUUUGCCCAGGGCGAUUUACAGUGGCGGAUCCCCCUUGCUAUGCAAGCCCCACCGGCAGCGGUGCUGGCCAUACUCACCUUCCUCCUUCCAUAUUCGCCGCGUUGGUUAAUGAUGAAGCAGCGCUACGAAAGUGCCAAACAUGUUAUGUACUAUUUACAUGAGCAGCGCGGGUCAGAAUUUAUCGAACAUGAAUUUUCUGAAAUGUAUGCACAAAUCCGGCUGGAAAGUGCACGAAAGGAAAAAUCACCGUUCCUGAUGCUAUUUACAAGACGCUUUAUGCGACGCACACUGCUGGGCUGUCUGAUCAUCAAUAUGGCCAAGCUGUCUGGUACCAGCGUCAUUCAAAACUAUCAAGCAAUCAUGUACCAGUCAUUGGGCUUCGAAGGUCGUAAAGUGCUUCUUAUCACCGCACUUUAUGGUUUUUUAGCGAUGGCCGCGCAGUUGAUUAGUAUUUUCACACUCUCCGACCACUGGCCACGUCGGAGGACAGUGAUAUGCGGAGAAGCUUCAGUGAUUAUGUGCCUCUCCAUUCUUACGCCGCUGUCGAGAGAGUUUCCAGACGAUCACAACUUGUCGGGCAGUCGCGCAGGCGUGGCCUUCAUUUUUCUUUUCUCCUUUUGCUGGGCAUUUUUCUUCAACUCUGUCAUGUGGGUAAUCGUAUCCGAGAUUUUCCCGCUGGACCUUCGAGCCACCGGCGUCGGCUUUGCAAUGUUUACACAGUCUGUGACAGCAAUUUGGCUGAGUUUUGCCGCGAGUAUUGCGUUUGACAAGAUCAAAUGGCGCUUUUAUUUCGUGUUCAUUGGCACCAACCUGUUUGCCAUCACAGCGUACUACUUCUUUCUACCGGAAACCAACCAGUUGACACUGGAGGAAAUAGGGGCGAAGUUCGGCGAUGUGGUAUCUGAGCCGGUGGUGAAGAGCUUGGAUGACGCUGAUGGUAGACCGACCGCCCCCAUUGAAAUCGGAAAGACCGAGGGAACCGAGCACAUCGAAUUUGCUCGGAGAUAA